AUGGGUCUUUGCCAAUCUACCUAAUCUACUCUUAAACUCCCUCGUAUUCCAGCCCAAAAACACAUCCAGAUCAACUUUGAAAAGAUUAAAGAAUACGAAAUCGAAUAUGCUCGUCAACAACCAUUUACAAAAAAGCAAUCUACUGAGGGAUCCUCACCUCUCAGCCAAGUGGACAAAUGAAUCUGAACAUGAUUUCCUUAUUUUCAUAAUCUCCAAUCUAUAAUAUGUGAUAUA